AGUCUUCUUGAGGCGGCCGGAGUUAAGCCACCGCCGUCAUGUCGCUCACCUGGUCGGCGAAAGACCACAAAAACACGAAUCAACCCGCCGCGACCGGACAGAAGCGAUCGCGCAACGACGCCUGGAACAAAGCGACGGUGGUGCUCGGCGCGCAAUGGGGAGACGAGGGCAAAGGGAAAGUCGUCGAUUUGUUGGCGACUGAAGCUGACGUCGUGUGCAGAUGUCAGGGGGGCAACAAUGCAGGACAUACAGUGGUGGUAGACGGCAAGGAGUAUGACUUCCACCUUCUCCCCAGUGGAAUCAUCAACCCCAAAAGCACGUCACUCAUUGGAAAUGGAGUGGUAAUACAUCUUCCUGGCUUGUUUGAGGAAGGCGAUAAAAAUGAGAAGAAAGGUCUGAAAGGCUGGGAGAAGAGACUAAUUGUCUCAGACAGAGCUCACCUUGUGUUUGAUUUCCAUCAGGUUGUCGAUGGCCUUCAGGAGACUGAAAGACAAGCACAAGAAGGAAAGAACAUUGGAACGACCAAGAAGGGUAUCGGACCCGCAUACUCCAGCAAAGCAUCUCGCACUGGCCUGCGUGUGUGUGACCUCCUGGGCGACUUUAAGGACUUCUCCAUGAGAUUCAAGAACCUCGUCCACCAGUACCAAUCCAUGUAUCCAUCCUUGACAGUUGAUGUUGAGGACCAACUGAAAAAACUCAAGGAAUACGCUGAGAGAUUGCGGCCGAUGGUCAGAGAUGGGGUCUAUUACAUGUAUGAAGCUCUUCAUGGACCUCCAAAGAAAAUUCUGGUUGAAGGGGCCAAUGCUGCUCUCCUUGACAUUGACUUUGGCACAUAUCCUUUUGUGACAUCAUCAAACUGCACUGUGGGUGGGGCGUGCACUGGUCUCGGCAUCCCCCCUCUGAAUAUUGGAGACGUGUUCGGUGUAUCAAAGGCCUACACCACCAGAGUGGGAAUCGGCGCUUUCCCCACAGAACAACUCAACGCGGUGGGAGAGCUGCUGCAGACGAGGGGUCAUGAGGUGGGUGUGACCACAGGAAGGAAGCGACGUUGCGGCUGGUUGGAUCUUGUCAUCGUCAGAUACGCUCACAUGAUUAAUGGAUUCACCGCCAUUGCUUUGACAAAACUUGACAUUCUGGAUGUUCUGGAUGAAAUUAAAGUUGGAGUCGCCUACAAACUCAAUGGAAAAAGAAUUCCCCAUUUCCCAGCCAACAUGGACGUUUUGCAGAACGUGGAGGUUGAGUAUGAGACCUUCCCUGGUUGGAAGACGGACACGUCUGCAGCCAGGAAGUGGAGCGACCUCCCAGCCAAGGCACAGAACUACAUCCGCUUCAUUGAGAACCACAUUGGAGUUCCCAUCAAGUGGGUUGGUGUUGGAAAGUCCAGAGAAUGCAUGAUCCAGAUGUUCUGAAGGGAAACCUUUAUCUCCUCGUAAUGGAAGCACAGACAAAGUGGCAUGUUGUGGCAUUUUUCAUCACUUAUAAUGACCUGCUCCACUAGCUAAUAAAUAAACACCCAUGUAACAUUUGAGUAGUGUUGGCUAUAUUUGUUCUGUUGCAAACUUUUAUUAUUGCAGUGGUUAGAUUUAAUCAUAAGCUACCUGUCAAUCUAUGGCUGCAUCACCAAUGAAACCAGGAUAAACCUUUUCAGAUAAAAGCAAAUAGAUCCAAUGUGGAUGCCCUGUAUAUAAUUCAUCAUACUGAUUUGAUUUAUAGAGCCCAGCUUGACAGUCUGCAAAG